AUGUCCGACUCCCCUCGCUAUGCAAUGGGCACACAGUCCUCUCAACGACGAACCAGUCCCAUUCGUAAGGGACAACCAGAGCGUCCCAGUACUCCAACCCGUCGUCCAACGACGCCUACCAUCGGUCGCCGUCCCACGACUCCAACUCUGGGCCGCCGGGGCUCCAACGCUUCUCUUCGCCGUCAGGGAUCGAAUGCAACUCUCAAUCGUCCUGUCACUCCCACAGCAACGGAGAUACCAGAUGGCGACCCUGUGAAGCUCGGCCGGGUGACCACUCCAAGAACCGGCCCAGCGCCAGGAAGCCCAGAAACUCCAGCACGUAUCUUACCUGCUAUCCCCGAGAGUCCUCUUGUUAUGCCUUUGCCUCGUUCCCGAAAAGUCUCUCGUACUGGUAUCACGCCUCGCUCUCGACAGGUCUCGGCCACCGAUGCGGCUCCUCGUUCACGACAGGUCUCGCAGACUCUACCGGCUCCAGAAGUUGAUGUCACUCCCGAUGUCGCCAGGGCUCCAGGGCUUGAAGUUGCUCCGGCCGUCGCCGAUGCUCCCCUUGUCAGAACGACACCGAGUGUAGGGCGUGUACCCAAAGUUCGAUCGACUCCCAAGGUCACACUUGUUCCAAAUGUUCAAUCUUUGGUAGGCAGCGCUAUCAUCCCGUCAACUGCAAAACCUCCUCGAAUUGCAAGGACCCCGGCGGUGGCAUCUCCUCCCGUUGUCGCCUCUGCCCCUUUCACCGUGACGAUUUCUACGGCCCGGGUUGUUCCUGGCGUUGCUCCUGAACCCUAUGCUGCUCCCAUCCCACUAUCGGCGCCUCUGCCAGUUAUUGCACUGGCACCUGUCAUCGCUAGAGCUCUGGCUAUUGCUCUCACGCCACUUGUUUCUGAUACUCCCAAGGUUGCACGACUACCUUUGACUCAAGAGGCUCCCAAGUCGACACUAGUUUCAAGAUCAGAAAGAGCUCCGAAGGCUUUACCACCGCCUCCCACUAGACUCCUCCUUGGUCAGGCAUGA